AUGCCGACUCCCCACCAGCAAAAGAAACGCGGAAAGACCUUCACUGGCUGCUGGACCUGUCGGGAUCGUGGUGUUAAGUGCGACCUUGGAAAGCCGCACUGUGCUACGUGUGCGAAAUCGAAGAAAUCCUGUCAAGGAUACGGAAUUCGUCUCGUGUGGCUGGAUGAGAACGACCACGCUCCCCACGAGCAGUCCAGACGACUUUUCACAGAGGCCGGCCGCCAACCCCCUGUCCACGACGACGCGUCUCUUGAACACGCUAUCGAAUCCUUGGACGGAUUGGUUGCCCCUUGUAACCACCAAGUCCCUCCUUUUGGCGUCUUUUCUGUCUCUGGAGCCCGGAAUGAUACCAACAGCGGAGCUUUCGGGAGCAGCAACUCGACUAUAUCACUGCGUAGUUGCAACGACGGCAACAACAAAAAUCAUGGGGUGAUUUCACUGUCGACUACACCACAUACCAUCGUUGGGACGGGAGCGUUCACUUCACCGAUGUUAUCUCAAGCAAACUUGCUGGGCUCAAUACCAUCCCUUACGACGGAUCCACUCCAGUUCGUGUUUCCCUCACUGCCCCCAGAAGAUCGGGUGCUGUUUCACCAUUGGACUUCUCAUCUUAGUGGUAUCAUCCUGCCCAUACCAAUAACAGAUAACCCCUACCGAGAUGUCAUGAUACCUCUCGCUCUCAGUAAUACAGAUACACUCGCUUCACUCGCUCUCCUUCACGGUAUUUAUGCUAUCGCGGCCUUCAACCUUACGGAACAAUAUCCCCCAAAGCCAGAAUACCGAGUACAUGCAAUAAGGAACUAUAAAGUCAGCAUCCGGCUACUUCACCAGAGCCUCACUAAGCCAAAUGAGGAUCCUGGAACAAUAUUCGCUACCAUAACAAUCUUGGCAAGCAUUUACUUGGUAGUCGGCGACUCGGCCAACUGGAGGAUACACUUGAAAGGUGGCAGAGACUUCCUCCGAGCCACGCGAAUAUCUUUCCAGAACAGCUGGCACGCCGGCAUAACGUACCAGCUGUUCCGCUGCCUAGAGAUGUUCGCCCUCACGCAGGACACGAAGCGUAUGUACACGAGUAUCGUUCCACACGGCUACUACACAAAUCUCUCGAAAGAGGAUCAGAAGAACGGGUUACAGGGAUACUACCUCGAAAGGUUCUUUGGCCUCCCGAUCGCUGUGUUUAAGGCUCUUCAACGAAUGCACGACAUCCGGCACAGUCUGAUUGAGCCCACAAAUCAGGAGCUGGACGAUAUUGAAGCAUUGAUUGAAGAGGCUAAAGUGCCUGAUGACCGUCUCUUCACUGAGCAUGGCGGCUUCAGCGACAUUCUGAUGCACCACCACAGGAUGACAUUCUACCUGGCGGCGCAUAUCCAGCUCCAACGCGAGUUCCGCACCGCUCCCCUGCCAGCCAUCCAGCACCUCGUGCAACAAUGCGCUGAGCACCUCGAGACGAUAUACCGUCUCGAAAAGACUGCACGGGUGUGCGGUGUUGGCUGGCCCUUGUACAUCGCCGCUUGCGAUGCAGAGAGCCAGGAGCUGAGAGAGCGCUUCAUGUAUCUGUUUACUAAGGGGGAACAUUUUGGUAUUGGCAGCUUGAAGCAUGCCACAAAGGUGGUAAGGAAGGUCUGGGAGCAGCGAGAUGCUACAGGAGAGUGCUCGCCGCUUCAUCGUCAGGAAGUUAUGAAUUCUUUAGGAUUGGAUAUUCUCCUUGCUUAA